UUCAAGGGAGGCAACUCUUAAAAGACAAAAUGUCACAUCAACGGACACGUCUAUUUCUUUGAAAAGUCUUCUUGUUAAGACAGACAAAAAGUUUGUAUGUUUAGUUAAGACGGAGAGAACUAAAGGAAGCCAGAAAAAAUGGCAGAUGCUGGGGAGAAAGGGGAAGAGGGUCAUUCCCAAGGGGGUAGUCCAGCAUCAAAGUUGGAUAACCUGGCAAGGGAAGACCUGCUCAAGUUUGUGAAAAGACAGAUGGUCAAUAUGCAGAAACUUAAGGGUAAAAAUGAAGAUUUAUCAAAGAAAAUGGUGGAGUUGGAGAAGAAAGCUGAUGGAGGAGAGGGUACUGACAUUGAGAAGAAGUUGUCUGAGGCUACAGCAGAAAAACAGGAAAUUAUGAUGAAAUAUCAAGCUGUGCAGCUUGAGUUAGAGAGGCAAAGGAAUCUUACUGAGGAUAUGGAAACUGAAAUAAGUGGACUUAAAGAGCAGAAAGCCAACAUAGAGGGUCAACUUGCUGCUACAGAAAAAAAGGAUAAGGAGUUACAUGAGCAGUUAGAAUGUAUGAAGAUGAAGGAUGAGACAAUGGCCAACACAUUCCAGGUGUUCCAGAGCGAGGCUGACCAGCUUGCUAAAGCCAAUAAAGUAUGUGCCUAAAACUAACCAAUUUUGCUAAAGCC